CGCACGCGGCCCACGCCACCAAAACGGGCGGCCUCCCUCCCUCCCGUCCGGCCCCACCACGACGCGAGAACCACCACCAUCAUAUAUACCCCGCCCAACGCCGCGGCCACCUGGCCAGCGCCCCCCAGAGAGCCCAGCCGGCCGCCUCGACCCCUCGACGGACCGCCGGCGACCAGGCGCGACCCGCCAGCCCGCCCGACCCCUCGGCUCCUUCUCCGACCCACGCGCUCGACUUGGCUCCCGGAUCGAUCCGCGCGCGAUGGGCAGCCUCGGCGGCGAGGAGCGGCCGGCGGAGGGGCGGAGGCGGCCGCGGUUCCUGUGCCUGCACGGCUUCCGCACCAGCGCCGAGAUCAUGCGCAAGCAGGUACUCGGGAAGUGGCCCGCCGACGUCACAGCGCGCCUCGACCUCGUCUUCGCCGACGCGCCAUGCCCCGCCGAGGGCAAGUCCGACGUCGAGGGCAUCUUCGACCCGCCAUACUACGAGUGGUUCCAGUUCGACAAGGGGUUCAUGGAGUACAGGAAUUUCGACGAGUGCCUCGCCUACAUCGAGGAGCUCAUGAUCAAAGAUGGCCCCUUCGACGGGCUGAUGGGUUUCUCCCAGGGUGCCAUUCUAUCCGCGGCGCUUCCCGGGCUCCAAGAACGAGGGCUGGCCCUGACUAGAGUUCCCAAGAUCAAGUACCUGAUAAUCAUCGGCGGCGCCAAGUUCCAGUCUCCCACACUGGCCGAGAAGGCUUACGCCAACAAGAUCAUAUGCCCCUCGCUUCACUUCAUCGGUGACAACGACUUUCUGAAAGUCCAUGGUGAGAAGCUCAUAGAAUCAUGCGUGGACCCGUUCGUAAUUCGUCACCCAAAGGGCCACACAGUUCCAAGGCUCGAUGACAAGAGCCUUGAAGUCAUGCUCCGUUUCCUUGAGAAGAUGGAGAAGGAGACAUCCGAGCAUGCAUCCACCGAUGUUGACGAAAAAGAAGUGUGCUUGUGAUAGGACUAGGUGACUAGCAUCUGAAUUCUGAAAACUUAUGGUACUCGUGCUGUAGAAUAAACAUUCAACUGUGGCCUCUCUAUUUUGAGGCACGGCUGUUCUGUACCUUGAUGAAAGAAUGAUCAUGUGUAUCUUUUAUUUACUUCAAACUGAAUAUCUCUGAACUGCAUGUUCAUGACA